CGAUCCAAUAUAAAGGAAGGGAAUGAAAUCAAGACGGUGUGGAUGUGUACAGCUGUCUACUCUUCACUUGACCUGAAACGAAGCAACUAAGGUACCCGAGGAGUGGACCUGUAUUCCAUCAAAUAACCUACUUGCUGAAAUAGACAGUGUUUCAGUUGAAUGUGACUCUUUAGUCAUGGCAGAUAUUCGCAAGAAAUUGGUCGUGGUAGGAGACGGUGCUUGUGGGAAAACUUGCCUCUUAAUCGUCUUCAGCAAGGACGAGUUUCCAGAGGUCUACGUCCCAACUGUAUUUGAGAAUUAUGUCGCGGACAUUGAGGUGGACACGAAACAAGUGCAGCUAGCACUGUGGGAUACUGCUGGACAAGAGGACUACGACAGGCUCCGACCGUUGUCCUACCCGGACACAGAUGUCAUAUUGAUGUGUUUUUCGGUGGAUAGUCCAGACUCUCUUGAAAACAUUCCUGAAAAGUGGGUGCCAGAAGUCAAACACUUCUGCCCGAACGUCCCCAUAAUUUUAGUGGCUAAUAAAAAGGACUUACGGAACGACGAGAACGUAAAGAACGAUCUGUCGAGGAUGAAACAAGAGCCCGUGAAAACGGAAGACGGACGAGCCAUGGCCGUACGCAUCGGGGCUUACGACUAUUUGGAAUGUUCAGCCAAAACCAAAGACGGGGUACGCGAAGUGUUCGAGACCGCUACACGCGCCGCCCUACAACGACCAAGUCAAAAUGGUAGUUGCACAAAUUGUUGUCUGCUAUUGUGAGGACUUUACUGAACAGCCAAAUAAGCAUACAAUGGAAUUUUGUUGUCUUGAACUAUUCUGACUGUUCAUGCCACGUCCUGACUGGUGCCUGCCUAUUCACAAGGCUCCUUGUGUCCCAACUAAUGAUGUCAGGGGGAAAUAGUUAAAACAGCAUUGGGCCUGCUUCGAGUCAGCAUCAGGACUCUUUGUGUUGAACCUUUGUUUAAUGUGCCAAGAGAGUGAAGCGCAUGGGGUAUGGACCAGUGUUAUUAUCCUACUAAAUCCAAAAAAGGGAACAAAUGAAUAAAAGUGGCACACUACUGAACCAUUUAGUGGUUUUUAGCGCUGGUGUUGACAUUAAAAAAAAACAGUCUGACAUAAAAGACUGUAGCCUAGACUACAAUCUGUGGGAUGUUGGGUGCACAUAUGUUGAACAACCCUUUUUGUUUACAGUAGGCUAAAUAUUGUUAAAAUGAACUAUUGUCUGCGACAAUUAUACUGCCUGUUAGGCCUAGCCUAUUCAAAUAUUUUGAAGCCUGAUAUUUGUGGGUUUCCGAAUGAAACAAAACCAUUUCACUUGGCUACUUCAUUUCACUGGAGUGUUUUUUGUUUGUUUGUUUGUUUGUUUUCUUUUCAAGGUUAUGUUUUAUGACCACAGGCCCAGUUCCAGCAUUUCUGCUGCUGGAAAACGGACUGCAAGUUGUCAACCAUUGUCUGCUAUGUGCCACAACUGAGAACACUUUUAUAGUGCAAUAUUUUUGUAUCCUCUGUGGAUGUAUCAAUAUGGACUUUUUGAAGAAAACCUGAAAUGUCCUUAAUUCAAAUUACCUGAAUAAAGACCACUUGUGUUACCUGAAAA